ACAGCCUUUCACUUAUACUUCAUCAUUCACCAUAGCCCAAUCCUCUUUUCUCUCUCCUCCUAUCUCUCAAACUCCACCCCAGUUUAGAGAUAGAGAGAGACGAGCAAUGGAUAUGGCUAUUGGUGCCCGCCCCACUUCCAGACCUAUUCUCUUAUCGUCUACCAACUUCAAUUCCGUUAAAAGAAGCUCCACCAAUGCCCCUUCUUGGCUCAAAAGGCAAUUUUUCGGUGGCCCUUUAUCUAUUAAGGCGAAUUUCAAGAUUUUGACAACCCCUCUUCGGAAUUCUGUUAAAUGCUCUGUUUCUGAAGCUGCCACCGAGAAGAAGCUUCAGUUAGUAAGAAGAGAAGGCAUUCGAAAUAUAGCAAUUGUUGCUCAUGUUGAUCAUGGGAAGACUACUCUGGUUGAUGCUAUGUUGAAGCAAUCAAAGGUUUUUCGGGAUAACCAGUUCAUGCAGGAGAGGAUAAUGGAUUCCAACGAUCUAGAGCGUGAAAGGGGAAUAACGAUUCUUAGCAAGAAUACAUCUAUUACAUAUAAGGAUACGAAGAUUAAUAUCAUUGAUACUCCAGGUCAUUCUGACUUUGGAGGUGAAGUGGAGCGUAUUCUUAACAUGGUGGAAGGAGUUCUUUUAGUGGUGGAUUCUGUUGAGGGUCCAAUGCCGCAGACAAGAUUUGUCCUGAAGAAGGCUCUUGAAUUUGGCCAUUCGGUCAUUGUUGUCAUCAAUAAAAUUGACAGGCCCUCUGCUCGUCCAGAUUUUGUCAUAAAUUCGACUUUUGAAUUGUUUAUUGAGCUGAACGCAACAGAUGAACAGUGUGAUUUCCAAGUUAUAUAUGCGAGUGGCCUCAAAGGACAGGCAGGGCUUUCUCCUGAAAACUUAUCUGACGACCUUGGACCCCUUUUCGAGACCAUUGUCCGAUGCAUACCUGGACCACAAAUUGCCAAAGAUGGUUCUCUUCAAAUGCUUGCUACAAAUAUCGAAUAUGAUGAACAUAAAGGGCGCAUUGCAAUUGGUCGUCUGCAUGCUGGGAUGUUGCGGAAAGGAAUGGAUGUGCGGAUUUGUACCUCUGAAGAUCAAUGCAGGUUUGGUCGAGUAAGUGAGCUGUUUGUGUAUGAAAAGUUCUUCCGAGUUCCUACAGAAUUAGUAGAGGCUGGCGACAUUUGUGCUGUUUGUGGCAUUGAUGAUAUUCAGAUUGGAGAGACGAUUGCAGACAAAGCCACGGGGAAGCCAUUGCCCUCCAUUAAGGUCGAAGAACCUACAGUGAGAAUGGCUUUCUCAAUCAACGUAUCACCUUUCGUGGGCCGUGAGGGGAAGUAUGUCACCAGUAGAAACCUACGAGAUAGGCUAUACCGUGAACUUGAGCGGAAUUUGGCAAUGAAAGUUGAAGACGGUGAAACUUCUGAUACAUUUAUUGUCAGCGGGCGUGGUACUCUACAUAUCACAAUUUUAAUAGAGAACAUGCGUAGAGAAGGAUACGAGUUCAUGGUGGGUCCGCCCAAGGUUAUCAACAAAACAGUGAAUGACAAGUUGUUGGAACCGUUUGAGAUUGCUAUUGUAGAGGUACCAGAAGAAUAUGUGGGGCCCGUAGUGGAACUUCUUGGUAGACGACGUGGACAUAUGAUCGAUAUGCAAGGAACUGGGUCGGAAGGCACGACCUUCAUGAAAUAUAAGAUACCAACGAGGGGCCUCCUCGGGCUGAGAAAUUCAAUUCUCACUGUAACUCGAGGCACAGCAGUUCUGAACACAAUAUUUGACGAAUAUGGUUCUUGGGCCGGUGAUAUCAGUACCCGUGAUCUGGGUUCUUUGGUUGCUUUUGAGGAUGGAACGAGUACAUCCUACGCUCUUGCAAGUUCACAAGACCGAGGCCAGAUGUUCAUUGGACCCGGAGUUGAUGUGUACAAAGGUCAGAUAAUCGGCAUCCAUCAGCGCCCAGGCGACUUAUCCUUGAACGUGUGCAAGAAGAAAGCAGCCACAAACAUCCGUUCAAAUAAAGACCAAACAGUGGUUCUGGAUUCGCCCAUGGAAUACAGUCUUGAUGACUGCAUAGAAUACAUUCAAGAAGACGAACUCGUUGAAGUAACCCCCUUGAGCAUCCGGAUGUGCAAGAACCCUAAGAUGACGAAGAAAUCUCGUUGAAAAUGUCACUAGGAACAAGAGCUAGGAUUAUAUGUGUGCCUGCUCUCAUCUGCACACGGAUGAAGCUGCCAUCCUGGUAUGUUUACCUUGUCAAGCAACGAACCUUCGCCCUCUGGCUAAGAUCGUGAUGCUUUUAGGGUUGAUAUUCGUAAUCCGAAACAGGGAAAUAUUUUUGAACCUUCAUAAGGUGGAUUGAAUACAUAGAAAUAGCAGAAGAGAGCUAUAAAUUUUACAUGUAUAAUAUUAUUGUUUCUGUCUGGUAUUGUUUAGGAUUAUUUGAGGAAAUUGACUGCAUAAAGAAACAGUUUUAUGUGUGAA